UGUCACGUUCUUUCUGUCGAAUUGUAUUUUUAUUGAUUUUCAUAGAUUUUUCAAGUAGGUAAUUUAUAACAUAUUUACAAAUCUAUUUAGUUGACUGAAGUAUUUAACUAUGUCCUGGAAUAUAAUUUUAAACUCGGGCAAAAUAAAAACAACAUUACUCGAUUCAGUUCGCUAUGCUAGUAAAAAGACAGGAGGCAGUACAAAAAACACAAACUGUAAAGUGAGACCGAAACAUAGGGGCUGGAAAGUGCAAGAUGGUCACAAUGUGACAAAGGGUCAUAUAUUAGCCACUCAACUCACAACCCGCUUUCUUCCGGGAUUGAAUGUUGGUUUUGGAAGAAAUGGCACCCUUUUUGCCAUAGAGGCAGGCAAGGUUGUAGUAACCUGUGAGAAGUUUGACCCCAACUGGGAACACACGUGGGUAAAAAGAAUAUAUGCAGGUCGGGAGCAACAUACCAUAUUUAAAAAGUAUUUCAAUGUUAUACCAGACCCACAGCAUAAUCAGUUCAAGCUGAUUGAUGAAGUUUAGUUGAAUAGUUAAAUUAUUAUGAUAGUUGUUAAUUAUUAAUUAUUAUAUGCAGUUUGUAAAGUA